GUUGGAAUCUACCAUACAGACAAUAGUGAGCUCAAAUCUAAUGAGAUGACUACUUGGCUCAAGUUCCACAGCAUUCAGCAACAAUUCACUGCUCCAUACAGAUCAGCCUAUAUUGGACAAGUCAAGAGACAGCAUCAUACCUUGAUAAAUAAGGCCUGUGCUAUGUGA